UUCCGACGGAAAUCAUCGGCGGAAGGAUCGAUGGCAUCGUGGAUUGGCUCGUGGAUGAAUGGCGAUGCAAAGCCAACCAACGAAGAAGAGAAGACGGACACUGUCCCUGUGAAUCAACCCACUGCCGAGGAAUUGCGUCAAAAGAGAUUGGACAGAUUGGCUGCGUUGGAGGCGUCAACGGCGGCGUCUAAUGCUGAUGUUGCGUCAGCGCCGACCCCACCCCCUGUUCAACGACCGCCACCUGCAAACCAAGUGAAGGCAAUAACGCCUGCGCCAAUUGAACACGGCAACCACGGUCCAUCUCCGCAACUGUCGAAUGCGCCGGACUUGACGAAACGUAAAUCAUCCACUCGUCGGGAUCCGCUGCACAACGCCCUCCAACAAAUCUUGGGCGUGACGCUCACUAAAUCCCAUGCAGGCUCAACGUUCGUGUACGUGGCCACCGACAGCGACACGAUCAACUCGGACAACUUGAGCGAAGUCCUGUACUUGCGGCUGCUGGUCGACGAUCCAACGUACAGCUCCGCGUUGGAGUACUUGUUUGCAGUGUACCAACGCGUCCGAACGGAAUCGUCGGGUCUCAACGACGCCGACCGCCUCGUGGUGCAGUCGGUCCAAGAGCAAUGCAUCAACUACAGCGUCACGUGUCUGCUGGAACCAGAGAUGUUUCCGUCCAAGGUGACCCCACUGGAAGCGUUCGACGCGCUGGUUCGAUCUCCAAACGCGAGCACGUCGUCGUACUUGGAGGCGCUGGCUGCCGGCCUCGAAGCGCAAGGUGGCAACGCCGCCGUGGGUCGCGUCGGCGGCCCCAUCCUGCAGAAGCUCGUAUCCGAGGUGUUCCUCGGGUCGCAGUCCAUCUUGGCCUUGGAGUCGUGGUCCAGUCCGAUCCAAACCAUCGGCUCCCUCGUUCGCAUCAAGGGCUUCGCGACUGUGUUCACCAACAUCCCUGGAUUCCUGCUCACGCCGCCGCUCAACGGCCGCCGCCUGCAAGAUGCCACGGCGCUGGGCAUUCUGCUUCGCUUUAGCACCGACGCGCCCGACCCGGCCAUCAAGGACUUGUUUGCCAACAUUACGAAACGCUCCCGCGUGGAUGUCAACAAGUCGGUCGAGAGUUUGCGAUCCAAGCUGUCGCUGCUGCACAACAUUGUCACAGAUAUCUUUCGCUCGUUGCUCAAGGGGGGGGCGCACUCGAAAACCCGCACGAUUCAAUGGCUCGAGCAAGCGAUGGUGGUCAACGUCGAAGGGUCCAAGGAGAACCCGAACCCGGCGCUCGUGUCCACGGCCGGCAUGCUCAUAAACCUGAACGUGGUGCUGCUCCGGCUCUGCGGCCCGUUCCUGCCGCCGUCCACCAAGCACGCGCUGAUCGAUGCUACGUACUGGAAGUGCUGUUCGAGUCCGCUGUUUCCGCAAGACACGACCAAACUCGUGGCGCCGUCGUCCUCGUCUGAGCAGCAGCAACCCGCGCCGCCCUCUGCUGCCUUGGCGUCGUUCAACUUUAUCACCCAGUGCUUCUUCCUCACCCUGCGCGCAGUCCACAUUGGGCCCGUGGCCACAAUCGGCAAGUACAUGCGCCUCCUGCGCCAGCUGUCGUACAUGCAGAACCACAUGAACGACGAUCCCCGCGGCCGCGCGCAGUUCGAGAUGCUCGCCGCGACCAAGAUGAUCAUCGACGCCAAGCUGCUCCAGCCAGAACUCUUGCACGACCUUGUUCGAUUUGCGCUGCUGUCUGCCAAUGUCACGUGCCGCCUGUGCCUAUCUCCAAAUGGGAAUGCGGUUGCCUUAGCUGGCUUGGACCUCCUGCCGUUGGUCACCCCCGCCGACGCCUUGUUGGUGCCGUCUGUGCCCGAGCAUGUCGUCGAAGACAUCCUGAGCAUCGUGCUGUUUGUGGCUCGGUUUGCGCCCGACGAGCUCAAGUCGUUCGAGUUUGGCGACUUUUUGACCAUGGCCCUGAUCUUCUUGUCGUCCCCGCAACUCAUUCGCAGCCCCCACCUCCGCGCCAAGAUGAGCGAGUGCUUGUUUGAAAUGUGCCUGCCUUCGCACGAGUCGGAGGACCGACCGACGGCGGCGAUCCCGUCGGCGGUUGCGGCGCUCGUGCAGAGCAAGUUGGCCCAGCAGCACUUGGCGCCGUGCUUGUUGGCGCUGUACGGAGACGUCGAACAGACGGGGUUUUAUGAAAAACUAGAGCACAGAUACAACAUUGCGUGCUUGUUGAAAUACUUGUGGAAGUGUCCUGACCACAAGGCGGCGUUCGUGAUGAUCAGCCAGAACCAACCGGCGUUUGUCAAGUUUGCCCAUGGGCUCAUGAACCAUAUCAACUCGUUGCUCACCGAUGCCUUGACCAACUUGCCCGAGAUUAAGUCGCUCCAAGUAGGCAUUUCUAGAAAUAUUUAUAUAUAUAUAUGUGUGUUGGUAGGAAGAAAGCCAAAGCCCGCAAUGGCUGAGCUUGAACGAAGCAGUGCGGGAACAAAAGCAAAGUCUACUGGCUGAGAAGGAGCGCACGGUCACGUCAAGUUUGCAGCUGGCCAAUGAGACGAUUCACAUGAUGUCGUACUUGACGUCCGAGAUCCAAGCGCCGUUUCUGACGGCCGAGCUCGAAGACCGCCUCGUGGGGAUGCUCAACAGCGUCUUGGUCAAGCUGGCGGGGCCGCGAGGGUUGGAUCUCAAGGUGACCAACCCCGAAGUGUACAAGUUCCGGCCCAAGGUGAUGCUGUGCGAGAUUGUCGAGACGAUUUUGCACUUUAGCCAGUACGAGAGCUUCCAGCUGGCGGUGGCAACCAACGGCCUGUACGACGCGUCCGUGUACCGCAAGUGCGCGGGCAUUUUGCAGCGCACGCAAGUGGUGGACGCGGCCAAAGUGGCGGCGUUCGACUCGUUUGCGCAGACGGUGGAGGACCUUUUCAACAGCAACACGCAGGACGAAGCCAUGCUGGGCGACAUCCCCGACGAGUUUAUGGACCCGCUCCUGUGGCAGCUGAUGAAGGAGCCUGUGACACUGCCCAGCGGGUACGUCGUGGACAGAGCCACCAUCACGCAGCACUUGAUGAACGACGCGUCCGACCCAUUCACGCGAUCACCGCUGACCGUCGACCAGCUCGUGCCCAACGCGGCGCUGAAGGCUCAAAUCCAGGCGUGGGUGGCGGCGCAACACAAAUAAGAUGGACAUGGACACUCAAAGUCCAUGGUCGUGCCAAAGGGGAUUCCGAUGUGUUACUGUAUUUGCAUGAUAUAUAUGGUUGGUAGUAGUAGUAUACAGUAGUACAUGGUAGUGUUUGCGUGAAAGCACGAAGAGUAAACAAAAGAUAAAAAUUAGAGCUAACUAGUACUACAAGACUGUACUACUGCACCUACUACUGCACCUACAUACAUACUGUACCCACGUCAGUAUAAGGGUAAUUAAUCAACGUCCGC